AUGUGGCCGGUAUCUAUUGCCAGCGUAGCCGCUACGCUGUUCAUCACCGGCAUCACAGUAGGCGGAUUUACUAUUCCGUCAUCGUGCCCAGAUAUCCCAUCCUCCCGGUACCCCUUUGAACUUGCCAAGGGUUGGGCCGGAGUCAAAGUGGCAGAUGGGUUGCAUUCUCCUCGCGGAUUGGUCAUAGAUGGGGAGGGUCGCCUCCUAGUAGUCGAGGAAGGCUUGGGAAUCAGCCAGCAUACAGUCGACACCAAUGGCUGUAUCAAGUCAUCGCGAGUUCUUAUAUCUAUGUCCGCCUUAAACCAUGGCAUCUAUCUUGGAAAGGAUGAUGACACGUUAUAUGCAAGUUCAGCGUCUGCCGUGUUCAAAUGGGCCUAUGAUCCAAAGAGUGGUAAUACGACCGGAUCACCUGUUACCAUAAUCUCUGGAAUGUCCAGCGAGGACCACGUCUCGAGAACGUUGAUCAUCUCACCUAAUCACCCAAACUUGCUUGUUGUCUCUCGUGGAUCAAAUAGCAACUUAGACUAUGCAACGGUUGAUCCGUCGACGGCCCGGUCUAUUGUCAAGGUAUUUGACAUCAUGAAAGUACCUAAUGGAGGAUAUGACUACGUUAAAGACGGCUGGAACGCGGGAUAUGGCCUCCGAAACGAGGUUGGUCUAGUUUUCGAUGGCAAUAACAUGCUCUGGGGUGUAGAAAACAGCGCCGACCAACUCACGCGUGAAGAAAAUGGCACAUCUACGGACAUCCAUACGGACAACCCUGCCGAAAAACUCAACUUUCUUGGAGAUAUCGCAACGCCUAACAAUGCCUGGUACGGUUAUCCCACAUGUUUCGCAAUUUGGCGCCCCGAUCCGGCUAUCGUCGACAGCACUACCAUGCAGGAGGUUGGCGUGGGUCAGCAGUUCGUCUUAGCGCCGAAUAAGACAUUUAAUGAUACAACCUGCGCCAAAGUGGCAAGGCCGCCGCGUCUCGUAUUUGAGGCGCAUACAGCACCGCUCGAUGCCAAGUUCGAUAUGCCCAAGUAUGAGAACAUGUUUGUAACGAUGCACGGUAGCUGGGAUCGCAACCCGCCUGUAGGGUACAAGCUUGUCGCGGUACCAUUUACGCAUGCCUCUCAAGGUGGCUAUGAUCCCGUCGCGCCGGCUAACAGCAAUACCGGAUAUGUUGACAUCUUCUAUCCACCCAACGAAGGGAAUUGUUCGUCAUCCACCUGUAUACGACCGGUCGGUUUGGUUUUUGAUGCGGCUGGACGGUUGUACAUGACGAGUGAUACAUCCGGUGAGGUGUUCAUGCUUGGUCGCAGCAAUUAA